AUGACACCGCUGAAAAGGAAUGAUGCAGACUGUAAAAAAGAUGAAGAUAUGGAUGUACAUAACUUGCAAGAUGUGAUGAUGGAUUUGAAGGACUUGAAUUCUGAAAUACAAGAAAAAUUUGGUAGUAGCAACAAUUUUCCUGAUGACCUUGACGAAGAUGAUUCCAUGGGAG